AUGGAUUUGGAUUUGGAUGGCGUGGAUGAUUUAUCGAUAAACAAGGAAUUUGCAGAUAGAUUUACACAUAAUCACAAGAGAGCAGAGUUACAGCGCUUACAAGAGAAAUACAAGGAGGAAUCAGAUGAAUCGAGUGAUAGUGAUCAGUCUGACGAGGAUGAGCAGGGCGAUCAGCUAACCCCGGAUAUCGAUGCUGCUCUCCUCAAAACUCUCUCUCUCUUAAAAUCUAAAGAUCCCUCCAUCUACUCUGAUAAAAAGGUUUUCGAGGAGGAACAGGCAGCUUUGAAAGAUAAAGCUGCUCAACUCACCUCUAAGCGUACCAAAUUAUCAGGCAAACCAGUUACCCUCGCUGAUUUUGAGAGGCAGAAACUCCUUAAAGGUGAUUUUGGUAGUGAUGAAGAGGGUGAUGACGAUAACAACCCUGUCACCCUCCCCACCCACGCCCAAGAACAGAGGAACCUCAAGAAAGAAGUAACUUCCGCUUUUCACAGCGGUAAUGACGACAACGAAGACCAAGAUGACUUCCUUAAGCCUAAAUCUGUUGAAGAUGACGACGACUUUCAAUCACGCAACUCUUACAAGAAAUUCCUCCUCGAUAACGUCGGUGAAGAUGAGAUUAGAAAAGCUUUGGGUUUGGAUGAUGUGCGUAUAUCUAGCACUCAGCAAGAGAUCGACAACGCAUCCAAUCCCAAUCCCACAAAAGAAGAAAAGAAGCUGGCCAAGAAAGCUGCUAAAUCUGAAAAACCAGACAACCAAGAAAAAUCACUCAAAACACCCUCAAAAGCCUAUCAAAAAGCUAAAGACGAUCAAUUUUUAAUGGAUUACAUCUUGAAUCAGGGCUGGAUGCCUGGUUCUUCAACCUCUGUACCAAAAGAUGUCCCAAUUUCCAACCAAAAAGCUGCUGAAAAGGGUCACUCUUUUAAUUUAUCCGGUGCAAACGCUGACAAUGAGCUCCUCGAAGAUGACGAUGAUUUUGAAGACUAUGCAGAUGACUUUGAACAUAGAUAUAACUUUCGCUUUGAAGAACCCAAUGCUGAUGACAUCAAAACCCACUCAAGACAACUUGAAUCUACUGUUCGUCGUUCUGACAACAAGAGGAAAGAACAGCGUGCAUCCAAAAAGGAGCGCAAGGAGGUUGAAAAGCGUCAACGUGAAGAGGACCUUAAGCGUCUCAAAUCACUUAAGAAAGAUGACAUUAAAUCUCGUCUUGCUGCUAUUGGUGAAGAUGCUGCCAAAUUUGAACACUUAGAUCUUGAUGCAGAGUUUGAUCCGGAAGCUCACGAUAAAGCUAUGCGGGAUGCAUAUGAGAAUGAGUAUGAUGAGGAGGGUGACGAGGGUGAAUUUGACGAGGAAAAACCGCAGUGGGAGGAUGAUAUUGAUAUUGACGAUAUCGUCGCACAGGAUGACCCACAGGAUGACUCCACACCGAUCAACAUGGAUGCGGACUAUAAUGACCAAGAUGACCAAAACGACGGAAAGGUCACCAUGUCGAAACGUGAGCGUAAGAAGGCCAAGAAGAAGGCAAAAGCGGAUGCCAAGGGUGCAACUAAAGAGGGAUACGAUGAAGAUGAUGUUGAUAUGGAUAUGGAUGCUGACCACUUAACACAUCAACCACAAGAAGAAGAACCAAUGCCAGCAACAGCAGAGGAAAGACAAGCAGCUCUUGAAAAGUGGCUAGAUGAGUAUUACAAACUCGAUUACGAAGAUACAAUUGGAGAUCUCAAGACGAGAUUCAAAUACACAAACGUCGUUCCUGACAGCUAUGGUCUCAACACGGAUGAGAUACUCCGGGCAGAUGACAGAGAUCUGACGCGACUGAUGCGCGUGAAGAGAAUGGCACCCUACCGUAAAGAUAGAAUCGCUAACUCUGGUAAAGGAAAAUAUGCGAAUGGGAUGAUGUCGCGUGUGCGAGAAUUCAAACAUAAGGUAAAUAAUGAUAGACCGGCAUGGGGAGAAGAUUCAAAAGACUUCAAGCACCGCAAGCAUGAUAAGCAUGACGGUAAAAAGAGGCCGCGCGAGGGUGAUGGCGAUAUCGAUUCGUCUGCACUACCUCAACCACCCAAGAAGAAGAAAAUCGGUAAGCGCGAGAGGCAAAAACGACAGAAGAAGCUCGAGAUGGAGGGGUGA